AUGAUUUCCAAGAAGCGAACAGUUACUGAAGAACAUCGUGUGAUGCAGGAAAAGUGGAAAAUAUCUUACUUUUUUGCUGAAGUGAAUGGAAAACAAACUUGUUUGAUUUGCAACCAAAUUAUAGCGGUGUCAAAAGACUAUAACAUUCGGCGACAUUACACAAGCACUCAUGCUUCAAAGUAUGAUGUGUAUAGUGGAAAACUUCGUGAAGAAAAAGUAAAGACGCUAGAACAGUCUCUCAAAAGGCAGCAGUCAGUGUAUCAGCGUGUUCAUGAAGCCAGUGACACUGCAGUACGGGCAAGUUAUAGGAUUGCACGGGAAAUAGCUGUGUCAUCGAAACCAUUUUCAGAAGGGGACUUUAUAAAGAAAUGCAUGAUGAUGGCCGCAGAAGAUAUUUGCCCUGAAAAACGUAGAUCAUUUGCAAACAUAAGCCUUUCAAGAAAUACAGUUGCAGAAAGAGUAAAUGAACUGUCAGAAAAUCUUAAUAGUCAGCUCAAAGAAAAAGUUGCUAAAUUUGUAGCAUUUUCUGUAGCAAUCGAUGAAAGUACAGACAUUACUGACAUAGCUCAACUAGCAGUGUUCAUACGUGGUGUUGAUGAAAAUAUGCAGGUAACUGAAGAAUUUGUGGAAUUAGUACCAAUGAAAGGAACAACAACAGGGGAUGAUAUAUUUGUGAGUUUGACUGGUGCACUUGAUAGGAUAGGUGUUGACUGGAAGAAAACUGUGAGUCUGACAACAGAUGGAGCAUCUCAAAUGGUUGGUAGAAAGGCUGGCGUGACAGCAAAGUUAAAGGAAAAACUACUCACCCUGAAUUCAGACCAUCAAAUUCACAGUGUUCAUUGCAUAAUUCACAGGGAAGUGCUUUGCAGUAAAAUAUUAAAGAUGGAUCACGUUAUGGAUGUUGUUGUCAAGGCAGUAAACUUUAUACGAGCGCGAGGUCUGAACCACAGACAGUUCAACUGCCUAUUGGAGGACACUCACUCUCACGGUCUGCCUUAUCACACUGAUGUUCGUUGGUUAAGCCGGGGAAUUGUGCUGAAGCGCUUUUAUGAAUUAAGAAGUGAAAUACAAAGUUUCAUGCAUAACAAAGGAAGAAAUGUCCAGGAACUGAAAGACUAUGAUUGGCUUCAAGAUUUAGCCUUCAUGGUAGAUAUGACAGAACACUUGAAUUUGCUCAAUACAAGACUGCAAGGUCGCAAUAAAUUGGUGACAGACAUGCAUGAGUCCAUUCGUGCUUUUGAGGUGAAGCUCAAACUUUUUGAACGUCAACUAGCAGCGAAUAAUGCUGCACACUUUCCUACACUGAAAUCAUUGCAAAGCACACCUGAGUUUCGUGGAAUUAUCAGCAGAGAAAAGUACUGCAACAUGAUUUCCAAGUUACUGAACGAAUUUGGAGAAAGAUUUGCAGACUUAAAGAACCUUGAGAGUGAUUUCUCGAUCUUUCAAAAUCCUUUCGCUGCAAAUCCUGAUGAGACACCAGAGGAUAUUCAGUUAGAACUAAUUGAUCUUCAGUGCGAUUCUGCGUUGAAGGAAAAGUUCUCAAGUGUUGAUAUUGGUACAUUCUAUCAAUAUGUUGGGCCAAGAUAUCCUCGAAUCAAAUGUUUGGCAUCAAAGAUUAUGUCAAUGUUCGGCAGUACCUAUGUCUGUGAGCAACUCUUCUCACUGAUGAACUUGAACAAGUCUGGACUCAGGUCUCGGCUCACUAAUGAACACCUCAACUCAACACUGAAAGUAGCCAUUGCUCAGUCUCUGGCGCCAAACAUAGACGAACUUGUACAGACCAAGAGGUGCCAAGUUUCUGGGAGCAGCACGACCAGGAAUUAA